CUCUCUCUCUCUCUCUGAUUGAAUGCUCCGAUCUCGCUUCUCUUUUUUUCCUUUUCUUUCGUGAGUCUCCUCUUCUUUUAUCAGAUCACGAAACAUUGCGGAAAGUAGUAGUCUCCCUCUCUGCUGCUGUGCUGCUGUGGUGCUGCCGUUGCUGAGAAAAGCUAUUCAAAAUGGAACAAAGGCAGCAGAGAUGCAUAAAAGAGGAAGGAAUCUGAUGAUGGGGGAGAUUCUCGAAUUUCAGUGAUUUGGGUUUUGAAUCAUUUGAUUAGUUCUGUUGAGUAUCUGGAUUUUGAACGAAAAGAAGAUCUGGUUCUUGUGACUGUUGUUGGUUUGAUUGAGGAGCGAUGGAUUUGAGCGAGAAGGAUAAGUUUGGAAUGGAGAAGAGUAGUGGUGGGGAUCAUUUGAACUAUCACACGUCCAAUAUCUCUUCUGACUGGCGAUUCACCGGUGGGCCCAAUCUCACAAACCCGUCGAUCGGUCUGGUGCCCACCGAAAACCCCAUAGCCAAUCCGCCGAUGGGUUCUCCGUCAUGUUCAUCUGUUUCAAUGGUGGAUACGUACUGCCCCAGCCUUUGGGAUCACCACGGUUCACAGAACUUGGGUUUCUGUGAAAACAAUAUUCAAACCAGCACAAGCACCUCCAACACAGUAUCUAUUAGGAAAUCGGUUUUUGGUUCAUCGAGAUCGGGUGUCGAGAAACCGCUUGAGGUGGGAUGGAAUCCUUCGAUGUCGAAAGGGGGUGUCUUUUUGCAACCGGGUGUGGGGAUCCUUCCACAGAGCCUAUCUCAGUUCCCUAGUGAUUCUGGUUUCAUCGAGCGGGCUGCGAGGUUCUCGUGCUUCAGUAGCACGAAUUUCAACGAUAUAGUGAACCCGUUCAGUGUUUCUGAAUCUUUGAGCCCUUUUUCUAAGGGUGGAGGGGUUCAAGCGCAGGAGGUUCUGUCGGUGAAUGGUUCGAAAGGUGUCAUCGGUGGGACACAGUCGCAGAAGAACGAAUCGCAUGGGAAGGGAGUGGCCAAGGAUGUUUCUCUGGCUGUUGAUUGCGGGGCAAUUGAAGGGAGUUCGAUGAAGAUGGAAAGAGAAAUUGGGAGCAUGUUAAGGUCAUCGGAUGAUGGUAAACAUGGCAUUGGAGGGUCAAGCAAUGAAUCUGAUGAAGCUGAGUUUAGUGGCAGCGGGCAAGAUGAUCUAUCUAUUUUGGAGAACACUGCUGGGGAGCCUUCGGCUAAGGGAUUUGGUGCCAAAAAAAGGAAAAGGGGAAAUCAGGAUAUGGAAUUGGACCAAGCUAAAGGAGCCCCGCAAGUAUCAGUUGAAACCACAAAGGAGAAUGCGGAGAAUAAACCAAAGGGUGAACAGAACUCAACGGCAGCAGGUAAUAAGAAUAAUGGGAAACAUGGGAAGGAUGGCUCCCAAAAUUCGGAGGCACUGAAGGAAGAUUAUAUUCAUGUGAGGGCACGACGAGGCCAGGCGACAAACAGCCACAGUCUUGCUGAAAGAGUGCGGAGGGAAAAGAUCAGCGAGCGGAUGAAAUUUCUUCAAGACCUUGUACCUGGUUGCAGCAAGGUCACCGGCAAGGCAGUCAUGCUAGAUGAGAUCAUCAACUACGUACAAUCACUGCAACGACAGGUUGAGUUUUUGUCUAUGAAGCUUGCAACUGUCAAUCCACGACUGGACUUCAACAUAGAAGGCCUUCUCUCGAAAGAUAUUUUUCAGCCACGGGGUGGCACACCAUCUACAAUUGGGUUUUCUCCAGAUAUGAGUAUGGUACAUCCUCAGCUACAUCCAUCUCAACAAGGAUUGAUUCAAGCUGGAAUUCCUGCGAUGGGAAACCCCACAGAGACACUUAGAAGAACCAUCAAUUCUCAAUUGGCGGCCAUGAAUGGAUACAAAGAACCCGGAUCUCAGAUACCGAAUGUAUGGGAUGAUGAGCUCCACAACGUCAUCCAGAUGAGCUUCGGGAAUGCCCCUUUCAAUCCGCAAGAGAUAAAUGGACAGCUAUGAAGAUCUCAUUUUUCUUUGCAGGUCCACUGCCUCCGGGCCAUAUGAAAGUUGAGCUUUGAUCCAUGCAUCCAAUGCAACCUUUUGCAUUUACAUUCCUUCUGUUUUAAGGAGAGAGACGAUAACGUGACAAAGUUAUAUAUUCCAUUCAAUAUUUUCUAUUGGAAGAUCUGUCCAUUUCUCAUCACCGUCGAAACCAAACCUGCACCGCCGGGCUUCCUUGUAUAGCGAAUUGAGGCGAGGCGGUUCCAAUAUAUCAUACACAACCACCAUUGUUUCUUUCUUUGGAUGUUACUACAUAGAGAAAUCCAUGUUUGUGAAGAUAUAGCUAGUGGGGCCCACUUUGAAUGAGAGAUGGGUCUUUAUUGCUGUGUAAAAUGGAUCUUCAUAAUCAGGUGUGUUGUAGCAAAAGAAACACAAGAUGGGUUGUGGCAUUGGCUAUGUAUUCAUGGGCUGUUUUGAGAGAGAAGACAGCAUCAGGUUGUAUUUUGGAUUUGCAGAUGAAAGGAUGGUUGUAGCUAUCUUGUUUUAAACCUUGAGGAAGGAAUGGAAGUUGUAAGCUUCUUAUAUAGUAACAAAUCAAAAUCUAUUUCAUUA